AUGCCUAUCUCAAUGGCCAGCACCUACGGCCUUCUGUUCGCGUUGAUCGCCCUCACACUCGCUGCACCUCAGCCAGCUUUGGAUGCCAGGCAAGACACCAUUACAUCGUCUGCAACAUGUUCUGCAGCGGCGACAGUCUCUGCAGAAGCUGCAUGUAUUUCCGGUAGAGGUACUGCGUUUGUGGAAAGCGUGUGCUCCGACCUCACGUCGACUGCUGUCGAAUACAGCACUACCAUAGUUCCGCGUACCACUACUAGAACUUUAACGGUUGCCACGAGCUACACUUCCACACGCACCCGCAGUUACUCCAGAUCCACUACAGUCAGAACAACAAUCACCUACACUAGCACUGUGAGGGUAACAAGCGGCACCACGACGAGCAUUGCCGGCACGGUCACUACUGGCAUUGUCAGGACCUCAACCCAGUACACCUGUCCCAACUCUGCCACUUCCGCAGUCUUCCCAACGACUGCGAGUUCUGACGAUACGUCGGGCAUGAAGCGUCGGCAAGCCUCAUCCACUUGCUUCCCAUACUUCCGCACGCAAUAUGGACUGGAGGGCAUUAUUCAAGCUUGCAGGUGUCUUCGUCCGUCCUCUGCUAUUGCCACCACGACAAUCACAUUGUCUGCCAGAGCCACAAGCGGUACCACCACUGCCUCCAUCACCGCAGGCGGCCGUAGCACGACCAGGACAACAACUACGAUCACCUCUACACGUGUAAUCACUGCCAGCGAUGUCACAUCAACCACGAUUCGCGUUGUCGUUCCGAGCAUCACUACCGUCAGAUCGACCAGCAUCACCACAGUCACUUCCGCCUAUCCACUUCCCACCGGUCGCUUCCGCAUCUUCAUGAAUAUUGGGGGCCAGAAGCUUUACGGCAGAAACACCCAAGCCGCCAGUAAUACCAGCGGUACAGACGUUAUCGCGCUUUCACCAGGCAGAUCGGGUGCAUCUUCUUGGGGAUUCAACCCGCUCAUGAACCUGAUCUUAGCUGCUGCCCAGCUCAAGAUCGCUGUCGAGCAAAACACUUGGGACGUGCCAUUCGUUUACUUAGUACCUGGCAACUUGCCUGUACCAGAUCCAUGGACGGCUCCAACCUUUGCUCCUUGCAAUGGCACAUUGGUUCCCACUGGAAGUCAAUCGAACUACAUCUUUGCCGCAUGCUUCUCCGGUAAUUCACCUAACCGCCGCCUCGCCUUUGGCGCUCCAGGUGUCUGGAACGACAAUGUCAACAGAGACCAAGGCGAUGCAGCAGAAGCCGUGAACAAUGGAACUUGCGUGACGGGAAAUCUGGGAAUCGAGGCUGUCUCUGGUUCGUUGACUCCGAUUCCAGGCUCCGGGUCCUCUACGACUUCACAGACGACAACCUCCGACACUACUUCUUCAUCCUCAUCUACCACUACCACCUCCGAGUCGACUACAGACGACUCGGUAUUCCCGACUGGUCCUCUCGCUCGGACUGCUCCAGGCUACUGAAAGCACCACAAAUGGAAGGGGGGUGUAAGAACGGCUGGCCAUCAAAAAGUCCCGAAAGGUAAGGAAAAUUUCAAGGCAUGUUUUGAAAAAAGGCAACAAAC